CAGGAGAACUACUCCUUCCUAUCAGAUCAGCAGAUUGCUUGUCUCGAUGGUCAACAUAGGCUAAGAGCAGCAACUAAGAAUAGCACGCUCUCAUGGUGGGUAGUGGGGCUGUUCUGCAUCCAGUGCAACUGGUUGGAUUUCCAACGCAGGCUGAUGCCUCGCCAGGUAGACGACCAAGCUAUACAGGAUGAAGUCGAGUCCACUUCCCAUAGAACUCGCUAUUCUGGCGCAGAAGGAAUUGCGUAUUAA